CGUGAAGUUAACGUAAAACAUUUUUUGGUGUGUGGCGUGUUUUAAUAUUUAUUUAUUUUUUUGUUGUUGUUGUGUAUUAAAAACGGUAUACAUAUUGAACACAGCUCGGCGUUUUUUUCAAUUCACAUCACACGCUUUACAAAACCAAUUCGAUGUGUGUUUUUUUUCUUCGUUCUGGCUUUGAAUCACAUUCAGUCGACGAGAAGAACAACAACGACCACGAACUGUAAAAAAACACUCAUAAGAUUUUCCGAAGCUUUCUUAUUAGACUUCGACAUUAAUAUUCGAUAAAUUUUUGUGGAAAAGAAUUUUUCAAAGCCACGGCCACGAUUUUAUAUAUACCACACAAUUAUCGAUGGACCGUUUUAAUGGAUUUUUUACGGUGAUUUUUCGGGAAUAAAUUGUGCAAAAAAAAAAUUUUGGGACCGAAUUCGGUGCAAUUAUGCAGUUACCAAUUGAUAACAUUUCAGUGAAAAAUUGAAACCAAGUGAGCAUUUUUUGUGCCCUUUUUCGGUGAAUUUAAACGAAAGAUUUUAUUGACGAGAGAAAGAGUGGAAAUAAGGAAAGAAUAUUUUUUUACAUCAAAGUUUGUGCAAUUUUUUUUUGGAAACAAUUAUCCGGUGGCAAGUCCAAUCAUUGAGAAGUUUAGAAGAAAUAUAUUGAUGAAAAAUAAUUGAAGAAAUGACCGAUUGAAAGUUGACAGUUAAAAACGACGAGCAUUUUAUGAUUAAAUUUCAAUUGAAAACAACAAAAAUUGAAGAAAAUUUGUAAAAAACGUCGUUCAACGAAAAAAAUUGUGAAAAAAAAAUUGACAAAAAGCAUCUCGCAAAAUAGAACGAAAGAUUAUCAGUUGAGUGAGUGUAGAUUUUUGAACAUAGUGAUCGAAAAACAAGCGAGAAAUUUCAAUAAACGCAAAAUUUAACUGACGAUUUACAGAAAGUGAGAAAAAGAGUAAACAUUUUGUUGCGCGAACACUGAAUUAGUUGUUGACUGUUGAUGUACGCAUGUUGUAAUGAGAUACGAUAUUCAAGAAUUACAAACGGACGACAUUAAGUCUGCAAAAGGAAUGUCAAUGCAUCCAUUCCUGCAGCUACCCAGACCAACUGAUUUCAGUGUGUCAUCACUUUUGACGGCUGGCAAUGGAGCUCCUGGUUCCGUCAACUCAUCCAACACAGCUUCAAAUUCGGCGUGUAGUCCACAACAAAAUCCAAAUCCAGCAUUGAAUCAUCCGCAUCAACCAUAUUUUCAAGCGGCCGCUUUGGCCGCUUUGGCCAGUUCACCGACCGGACAUCAUCCGCAUUUGUAUCCCGGUGCAUUGUUACCAAAAUUGCCUCCACAUCCACAUCAUCCACAUUUACAACUUGGCACACCAUACACAACUGCCGAAGAUGUUGUUCUUGCAUCCGUUGCUGCCCAUCAAUUGCAUCCAAUGCGACCAUUACGAGCGCUACAACCCGAAGACGAUGGCGUUGUUGACGAUCCAAAAGUCACACUCGAAGGCAAAGAACUCUGGGAAAAAUUCCACAAACUCGGCACAGAAAUGGUGAUCACGAAAAGUGGCAGACAAAUGUUUCCACAAAUGAAGUUCCGUGUGUCCGGUCUUGAUGCAAAAGCAAAAUACAUUUUAUUAUUAGACAUUGUUGCAGCCGACGAUUACCGCUAUAAAUUUCACAAUAGUCGGUGGAUGGUGGCGGGUAAGGCUGAUCCGGAGAUGCCAAAACGAAUGUACAUUCAUCCGGAUAGUCCGUCAACGGGUGAACAAUGGAUGCAAAAAGUCGUAUCGUUUCAUAAACUCAAACUAACCAACAAUAUAAGCGACAAACAUGGAUUUGUAAGUACUACGAUACUUAACUCAAUGCAUAAAUAUCAACCACGAUUCCAUCUGGUACGAGCCAAUGACAUCCUCAAAUUACCCUAUUCCACAUUUCGUACGUAUGUGUUUAAGGAAACCGAAUUUAUCGCAGUCACUGCAUAUCAAAAUGAAAAGAUAACUCAAUUGAAAAUCGACAACAAUCCAUUUGCAAAGGGUUUUCGUGAUUCGGGCGCUGGCAAACGCGAAAAAAAUUGUAGGCAAGCGUUACUGGCACAGCGUGGCGUUGGCGGAGAUUCGGAUAAAUUGAAUCCGACACAUGUAACCAGUUCCCGGGCACUACAUCAUUUUGAUCAACGCACCCGACCCGAUCUAUGCGAUGAUGAUGAUAAACUUCUUGACGUUGUUGGACCACCACAAAGCCCUCUGUUGCCUAUGAGUCAUUUGUCGCAAUUCAACAGCGGUUCUCAUGCAGCUGCUUGGUUCAAUCACUUUGCUGGUGUCGGUGAUGCUCAUUUAACAAAUGAAGAUAUGUUGCGUAAGCGUAUUCAAAUGCACAAUGCAACAACGGGCGAUGAAUCCGAACGUGAUGGUAGCGAUUCAAGUUGUUCAGAAAGUGUUGGCGGCAGUACCGGUGCAUUUCGUCCAACGGCAAACAGUCCAAAAGAACCAAACAAUACAUCAUCGUCUGGUUCGGCAUCAUAUCCAGCGCCAAAUAUAUCAGUUGGACCACCAAUACAUCCGCCGCCCCAUCUAUUGCCUUAUCUAUAUCCGCACGGUAUAUAUCCUCCGCAUCAUUUAUCAUUGUUGCAUAAUCCGGCUGCGGCAGCUGCAAUGAAUCAUCAAAAUUUGAAUUUUAAUUUAUUCAAUGCGCAAUUAGCGUUGGCCGCCCAGCAUCCAGCAUUUUUCGGUCAUUAUUCAGGUCAUUCACAAGUGUCACCAUUGCAUGCGCUCAAAGGUAAUAACAAUAAUAAUCCGGUGACAUCGGGUAGCAGUAGUUUAUUGUCAACCACAUCAAGUUCAAAUAAUCGUUUUGCACCAUACAAUCUUCCAUCGUCUGGUUCGGGUUCGGCAUUUGAUGCGGUCACACCAUCAAAAACAAGUGGCGGUGGUCCACGAAGUUUAAGUAGUAGCCCGCGACCGAUGCGAAAUCAUCAUCAUCAUCAUCAACCACAUUCACAACAUCAUUCGCCACCAUUGAAUUCACAACGACCCAUUUCGGUGUCGCCAACCAUUGUCGUUUCAAAUGAUAAACCAACGAUGCGCAGUUCACCGUCUGAAUUGAAAAGCAUUGAAAAAAUGGUAAACGGUUUAGAUGCUGAUAAAAAUGGUGCAAUUCAUGAUGAUCGUGAUUCACCGAAAAUCGAUUUGGUCGAUCAGUGACAUGAAUUUAAGACACAAUUCACAACGCAAUCCACAUCAUUUUUACGUGAGGCCGAUACGGUAUUGAACGCCAACAAUCAUUCUUCAAACGAUGACAUUGUCAAUCACAUCGAACCGAUUGAUGUUGUCAACAAUGUCACAGCCACGGUGGCUUAGGACACCUAGGGCUCGAAUUGGAGCUAAUGAAGAGUCUUCAGAACCAAGUUGGUUCCAAGUGAACGGAAGAAAACAAUCUUCGCAUCCAAUGAAUGAAGGAUCGAUUCAACGGCGUUAUGCAAUCCAAACUGACCCCGGUCAGGGGUCACAAAAUUUAAUCACAUCAGUCUAAUUGAAAUUAUGGCAUAUACAAGUUUAAGUAAGUGCAAGAUACACAAACACACACAAAAAAAAA